AUGACGGCAGAAUCACAUUUCUGUAGCCAGCUAUACAUGUACCUGAUACGCCAACACUUAUUCGACCACCUCUGCACGCUGGAAGCUGAUUCGAUUCAUGCACGCAGCGCCAAGGAAAUGGCUCUUUCGGGUUCCCGAGACUUACUCCUCAGCAUCACCAAAUUCAUGUCCGAUGAAGAUGGGGAAUGCUCCUUCACCCGAGAAGGCUGGCAGUGUGACAAUGCAAAUAAUGUGCGCGACUUUGGCUUUUGGUUGGCUGAUAUCACCUAUGGGUUGGUCUUGUCCGACCGCCGGGUUUUGGACGACGUGAAUACACAAAUGGUAGUCUUGCCGGUUGUCAUGGGCCAAGACGUGCGGCGAAUGUCCUACUGGCAUAUCAGAGGAACAAGGUAG